UCGCUCCGGGAAGGAGCGGACCCUUGGGAACCUCCGGCAGACCCGACUCCUCCGAGGAAGCAUGCGCAGGGGAGGCUGGAAAACUUUCCCUGGCGCUUUAAAUCCACAUUCCUUUCCCGGCUCCCUCUGCAGAUUCCACUCUUAUUCCCACUCCAGUCAGGUUAUCUCAGAUCCCCCCUGUGCCCACCCCCCAGCUCCAGCUGAGAGGGGGGGGAGGGGACAGGGAGGGAGAGGUGUGCCUGUUAGGAAGCUGGAACGGGCAGGGAGGGAGGGAGAGAGAGAGAGAGAGAGAGCAACACUGUUAUAAUUAACACGCAGGGCAUUGUAACCACAGCCCUGCUCGGGACAGUGCGUCACAGCCAGAGCUCCCCAAGACACAGCCGGCCAUCCUCUCCCCUGUCUGCCCAGAGCGCGACACCGGAGGCAGCCAGGACCGCUGGGAAGGACAAGGCGGUCCCGCACCCUCCCGCGAGCCAGACGGAGCGAACAGAGCCAGGCACAGGCACAGGCGCUCGGGGAGAAGCCGCGGGGAGUCCGGAGCGGAGGGGCAGAGCCGAGACGGAGGUGGCGGAGACCCUGGAUUUGCAGCGCUGUGCCGGGACGGACGUGCUCCUGCCGCCCGGAGACGCGAACCCCAAGGCCAUGACCGACAUCCUGGAGACAGGAGAUACCCUGGAGCUGGAGAGCACCGAGGGGCAGCGCCCCCCGGCUGCCUCCCCCUCGGCCUCGGGGGGCCCCGCGGGGGGCACGGCAGCGGGCACGGCGGUCGUGGUGCCCCCCCCUUACUCGGUGGCGGAGACGGGCGACCCACCCCUGGAGCUGCGCGGCUCACUGGACUGCUGGGCCUGCUCCGUGCUGGUCACGGCCCAGAACCUGGUCGUCGCCGCCAUCAACGCCGGGCUGGUGGCGUUGAUUUUUGGGACCAUCCUGGCCCCCGCCACUGUAAUGGUGGUGUUCGGCGCACUCUGUCACUCCAAGGUACGACACAGGGGUCUGUUUGUGUCUGUGUCCAGGCUGUGGUCACUGAGCCUGUCCUCUCUGGAACUCCAUAGUGUGUACUAA